AUGUCGACGGAGGAAGAAGCAAGCACGUUAGCAAUAAAAUGCGCCUCUGGCGCCGUGCUUCCGUUAAUGGUGAAAACCUCCAUCGAGCUCGAUCUCUUCCAGCUGAUCAAAAACGCCGGCAGCAUUUCGGCGGCGGAGCUCGCUGCUCAGCUUCCUACGAGCAACCCCGGGGCCAGGGCCUUGCUCAAGAGAAUCCUCCGCCUCCUCGCCGCCCACUCCAUCCUCAGCUGCGAGGGAGGAGACGAGCGGCGCUACGCUCUUUCAGCGGUGGGAAGUUGUUCACCAAGAAUGAAGAAAGGUUUCGUCCGCCGUUGUUGCUAUCAGAGUGAGACUGCGAAAAUCCUUGACAUCAAGCGUCCAAGAUCCCGUCCCCCACCCUCCACUUGUGCUAACGUCGAAGCCAAACCGCCACGAACUGUUAUUUUGUAUCCAUCAAAUCGCCCAGAUCUAAAAUGCCUAAACGAGGUCGUCCGCGCUCACAACCUUCACAAGCUACAGAGAAGCAACUUAGAUUAGACAUAGACGAUGCAGUGGACGACGUUAUUCCAGUUGCGCUGGCGAAAAAGUUUAGGGAUAGGAUGGCCGAGGGAUGCCCUAGUACGUCCGGAGAUGAUGGUGCAGAAACAGAAUAAAGGACGAAGGGGUGAUCGACUGUACUUUUGCACUUCGGAGAUUAGACGUCACUUUGCAAUAUUUAUGUUCUGUGAUACAUUGUUUGUCAUAAGUGGAUGUAGCAAAACGAUAUGAAAAUGUGCAUUAUUUGAAUUAAACCUUUUAUUAUACUUCGAGAAAUUAUCAUUAUUCAGCAA